UGCUUCCUGUAAAAGUACAUUAGGAAGCUUUCAGAUGCUAGAACAUAAUAGUUUAUCCUUCAUUUUUUGUUUUGCUCUUUUCCUCUAGUCACAAGUUGCCUAACUCUUCUUGUUUACUGCUAUUCCCAUAAGCAGGUUACUGCUGCUGGAGGUUGAUGGCCAAACUCUUGGAACAUCACAAUUUGGCACCAAGUUUGUGCGUAUGGCUUCCACUUGUCUCCUAUCUUUUUAUAGUGGAAGCUGGUGCAAUUCCACUGGACCUAUGAAGAAGGUAUUCCAAUUCCCUUUUCUUCUACCCCUAAACUGGACUAUUGCAGGUGAGUUGACUUUUAACUUUAUAAAAAUCUACUGCUGGCUCCACAUAAAAGUCAUGCCUGGUGGAGCAAAACCUGCUGCCUUAUGCCUCACCUGCUUUUGUAUUUUGCUCAAAGGUAGCUGCUAGGAGCUUGUGUAAAGAAUUACACAUUGGUAUUGGUCUCAUGUUGCUACCUCACCAAACCUGCAAUUAUGAAAUUUUUAUGGCUUCAGAACUAAGUCAAACAAGUUUCUGAUCUGCCCUAACCCACCAACCUGAAAACAACUCUUGAUCUCUCAUAUGUAUGACUAAUCUGCCACUCUAAGGAUGCAGAUGGAAGCUCCAUCAAGUUUUGUAAGAGCUGAAGCUAAAGCUGCAUCCCAACCAACAUCAAGAGGUUCAAAGCAAGCUCCAAACUACUGCAAAAGCUUGAUGGUGGAAGCCAGAAGCUAAUAAAGCAUCAGCAACAGAAGAAUGAAUCCGUGAACUGUUUCAUCAAGCGGGAAGUAUGAGGAAAUUAGAGAAGUUGUUCUUCAAGUGCACAAGAUGGCAGGUUGAAGAAACCACAGAUCUCAUCAACUGCCCUUAUCAUUAUUUCUGCGACAGCACUUACCAGGAAGACUACCCUCCGGUCAUCGACUUUCUUGUGGUCCUCUUUGUCCUCGCAUCCUUUGUCUCUGCUACUGUCUUCACUCUUCUUGAUUUUAGCAGAAGACCACUCUCCUGUGCUGAUCUCAGUAUUGGUAGAUUGAAGAGAAGAUAUCUGCUGCCUUCGGGUCCAAUUGCGCUUCCUCUUGUUGUCCUGAUCUUGGCAAAUGGACAGAGGAUAAACACCAUGUUCUCCCUCUCACACAUAGGCCCAGCUCUUCUCCAACUCGUCUACAUUUCAGCUCUGGCUUUCAGAAACAGAGACGAGAGCGACAUCAAGUAUUCGGUGCUUGAAGCAUCAACUGUUUCAGCGAUCCUUCAUGCAAGUUUGCACCUGGACUCCAUCCUAGUGGCUUACUACACAGGGCUGGCAGCCCUGAGAGAGUCCACCUUCUCCGGCCUCUGCCUCUCGUGUGUGUGCCGCAAGGAUGCACUGGUUGUUGGCGGGAGCCUUGUUGGCUACCGGGGGUGGUCGAAGGCCACAGUGUUGACAGCCAUUGCACUUUGUUCCAGGAUGGCUUGCAGAAUCUUUAGGGAGGAAAGGUUUAGCUUGGUGAUCAGGCUGGCAGUGGAAGCCAUCAGUUGGGUAUUUGUUACAGAGGACUCAAUUGACCUGUUGUUGGGAAUUGCAGAUUGGAGCUUGCUUGAUUUGGUUGUCUAUGGAGGGAUCUGUGCUUUGCUCUUUCUCAAUUUCCUGAGAAUGGCCAUCAAUCUGUUUGCUUUUAUGGCAAGGAAGACUGGUCAUCAGGCUGGAAAGCAGAUGGAUUUAUGGGUUCAUGAUGUUGAGAUGCAACAGUGAGCUGGCCACUAUACUGCAUUAUUUUACAUGAUUCUUUUGUAAAUUUGGAGUUUACAUGAAUUAUAACCUUGUAAAGCAAAAGACUGGGAGAGAAGUUUUACAACCCAAAAAGUCUCCCUACAAGUCUUCCUAAAAAGCAAGAAAUUAAGAG